CAUACAUACACUAGUAUGUCAAGUCGAUUCUCGAAUCAGCUGAAUCCGUUCAUGGAAACUCGACGAUGGACUGGGUCGGCUGCCGACUACGCACGGGCGGCGUCGCUGCCAAACCUCCUCCAAGGCAAGGUGCUCAAUGAGCAUGUAGAGCCUCAGUGGAGUUCAGACGGCACGCGGCUGUGGUAUUUGCGGCAGGUUGCGUUGGAUGGCCGCAACGAAGUGUGCGUCGUCGACGUGCAUACUGGCGAGUCGCUCGUGGACAACGAUCGCUUGAAGGCAGCCAUGGGGAACGUCUUGGCCGAUGAAUUCCCAUCCCUGGAGCCUCGGGAGAUUCGAUUCCGCAGCGUGGCGUUGGUCGACAACGCUCCACGCGUCGUUCGUGUCCGCGUGGCAGUGCCCUCACCCUUACCUCCAGGUACCGCGCAAGUCACGACCGUGCUAGGUAGCCUCUUCCUGACAUCAACGAAUUGACACUCGUGUUUCGUUGCAUCGAGUAGCGCCACAGUCUUGGUUCCAAGUCGAUUUAGAGCGUUAUGCCGUGCAAGUCCAGGACACGCCUUACAACGAUCCGUCUAAUCAUCAUCUUGACGAGAUGGCUUUGAAACCUCGUCGCAUGGUGACGCAGCACACUGGCAACGAGACGCAUGUGCAGUUUACCAACGGUUGUGCGUUCCAUCUACUGGUGUAUUGGGUCGAUGGCGACGGCCGCCAGCAUCAAUACCACGACGUGGCACCCGGAGCGUCCGUCGUUCAACAAACGUACGCAGGCCACGUUUGGCACUUGACACACGAAACUGAGUCGAUGACGUGGCACCGUGCAGUGGAAGGGCCCCAUCAAGUGACCGUUCUCGGCAUCGACUUGACCGAACUGGUGCCAUGGACACUGCCCGACAAGCCGGACCAAGAUGCAUCUGAUGUAGCUGAUGCUGCUGAUGCUGCUACUGAUAAUGAUGAUUUAUCUGCUGGGUUCAACGUUGUACAUGGAGGCAUCCAGCUCACGUUCGAUGGCACCCCGGAGGCACACUAUGACCAUGUGACGGUGUCGCCCAAUGGCGAGUACAUUGCGUGCUUGCUUGUGGUCGAACCAGCGUCGGCCUCGACAUACACACUGACGUUGGUGGAACAUUGCGGGGCACCAAAGCCGACCGUUCAAACACACAAGUACCCCCAGCCAGGCGACGACAUGCGGAUCUUCCGCCCGUUUGUGGUCCACAUUGCCUCCAAAACGUGUAUUCCCGUGAGCACAUUGUUAUGCGACACACCGUACGAUGUGACGGGUCUGACAUGGCAUCCUUCGAGCGACUGGUUCAGUUUCCUCUACAAUCCCCGGGGCCACGGCUUCCUUCGCAUCGUCGCAGUCCAUGUGACAGGGGACACGCGCGUGCUGCUUGAGGACACAUCCCCAUCGAAGUUUAUACUCCACACCAAGCACUACAUGCACUUCCUUCCAUGUACCCAUGAGCUUCUCUGGAUAUCCGAGCGCUCUGGGUACCGCCACUUGUACCUAUACAACGUUCCAGCCAGCUUCCAUGACAUGACUGAACUGGUCGGCCUCGCCCUCACAAGUGGACCGUAUGUCGUCCGCAAGGUAGUGGACGUGAACGAGACGUCUCGAACGGUCACGUUGGCAGUGAGUGGGUUUUACCCACACCAAGACCCGUACUAUAUUCACGUGCUGCGGUUGCAUCUUGACACACACGAGCUCGUGCCUUUGACAAAAGCGGACGGAUUUCACCGUCCGCUAGAGUACUCCGCCGACGGCUCCGUGUACUUGGAUAGGUAUUCGCGUGUGGACAUGGCGCCUUGCAUUGAACUUCGCCGGUCCGUGGACGGUAGCUUGGUGUGUGUGCUGGAACAAGGCAACUAUAAACCGCUCCAAGACCAAGUGCAGUGGCAGCCGCCCAGUCGGUUUGCCUGUCCUGGUCGUGAUGGCGUCACCCUCAUCUUCGGCCUCGUCGUGUUCCCCAUUGGCUACGACUUUGAGACCAGACUUCGAGUAGUCGAACACAUUUACGCAGGUCCCCACGGCGCCCACGUGCCCAAAGCAUUUGGCCUGCAUCUCGAAAUGCAACAGCUGGCCGAACUCGGGUUUGCCGUCGUGCAAGUUGAUGGCAUGGGCACGGCGCACCGGUCUAAGGCGUUUCACGACGUUUGUUUUCAGAAUAUUCGGGACGCCGGCUUUCCCGAUCGCAAGCUUUGGCUAGAGUCCCUUGCAGUCAAAUUCCCGUCACUCGACUUAUCCACCGGCGGCGUCGGCAUUUACGGCGGGUCCGCGGGCGGGCAAAAUGCGGUCGCUGGCUUGUUCCAUCAUGGGGACAUGUAUUCAGUGGCGGUGGCCGACUGCGGCUGCCAUGACAACCGUGUCGACAAGUUGUGGUGGAACGAGCUGUGGAUGGGGCAUCCGUUCAACGACCAACUGUACGCGGCCAAUGCCAACGCCACGUACGCCCACCACAUGCAGCCGCACCAGCACCUACAGCUGACAGUGGGGAUGCUCGAUGCCAACGUCGACCCCGCCUGUACGUUUCAGCUGGUGCAGGCACUGAUUGACGCCGACAAGGACGUGGAUGUCGUCGUGUUCCCUAAGCUAGGGCACGGCGCCGGUGGAAGCGCGUAUGGCACUCGCAAACGAUGGGACUUUUUCGUGCAACAUCUCCAAGGCAACGAGCCAAGACAUUCGACGACGAAACAAACAGAGGCGGGGGGGGGGCUUUGGGGCUUUCCCACCAGACGAAAGGGGGGAAAGGGGGGCGACGAUCUUCUGCGGAAGAAGCAGGCUCCCCAAAUCGCCACACAAUCCUCCAAAAUCAUGCCCGACGACGGGGGCGAUCGCAAGCACGAUGUGUUUGGGGACGGCACUCCGUGCGAAGGGGAUGAAGUGGACAUUGACAAUCUCCCGCCGUCGCUGAUUGCGUCGGUGGAAGCUGGCUUUUCAAAGCCCAAGCGCCGCAUCCCCUUCAAUCCGACCGAAGGCGAAGUCCACGCCCGCGAAAGCACUCGGCCGUGGCGACUCGACGGCCAUCGAAAGCUGCUCGCGGCAAACCACCGCGCAGAGGAAGAGCAGUGGGAGAAGCGGCGCCUCGGGCUCGCCAAGCAGGUCCACGAAGGCCUGCUGCACAAUUACAACAUUUACGUGGGCAUUUCUGAAGUGGGGAAUGUGAUUAAACUCGGCCAAGACCAGCGGCGGCAAGAGCAACAAGGACUUCUGCCAGUCCACAAAGACAUUGCCGCGUCGGCUAUUUUGGUCGCGGCGGAAAAGUAUGACCUGGCUCGCAUUGCAGUGCUUCUGGAUAAAGUCCCUAAAAAGUAA